CUACACUUCACUUCUCACUUCUCGGUGCAUUCGUGCAUUGUUUUUAGGAAUUUCGUAUAGUUUAGAAUCCUUUUUUGUGACUCCUUUUACUAGUCCUUAGUGCCUUUUCUGUUAGAAUGUCUUCGUUGAGCGUGGAGAAGAACGAGUACCCGAAAGCGUCCAACGCUCUGGUUCUCGGUGCCGUGCUGUCGUAUGUUGCGGCCGUCUUCCUGCUGAUGAGCUUUUGUUCCCCUUACUGGAUCGUGUCCUAUCCGGAAUCUUUUAGCAAUUUUAAGAACAUGGGACUGUGGGAGUACUGCUUCCGGGAUUUCACCUAUCCGUACUAUCAAUUCCCCAAGCAGUUCAACGGAUGCCAUCACAUCUUCAGCGAGGAGUACUAUGUCAUUAGAGAAUAUUUGCUACCCGGAUGGCUGAUGGUGGUACAGGGAUUCGUCACAAUAUCCUUCCUGUUUACUUUCGGUUCGCUGAUCAUUAUGGCUUGUGAGCUCAUCAGAUGGCCAUUGAAGUUCGUACUGCGCUACGAGUGGCUGCUGAGCAGCAUUUCCUUUGCCGGAAUCGCCUCAUCCUCCUUUUUCAUGUUUCUGGCAGUGGCCAUCUUCGGUGGGAAUGCAUAUCGUCGUGACUGGUUGAUGUACCCCAAAUUCAAUGUGUUCUCGUGGUCAUACGAGCUGGCCGUCGUAUCUUUUAUUAUUCUGGGCCUUGCAUCGCUACUACUGUACAAGGAAUCGCGCAAAUCGUACGAAAUGCGCCGUGAGGCCAAGAAUUUGGUGAUGCAGAUGCAGAUGCAUGAACCGGGAUAUAAUCCGUCGCACCAUACUAGCAGAAGUCUACACAGCGGUGGCUACAUAUAAAUCACGCAAGCUAAAUCCCUCCUUAAACGGAAUCUCCUCAUAUCAUUCCGAUCUUAAAAGUUCCCAUUUUUCCCAUAUACAUAUCCCGGUAUCCCCAGGUCUCCGCUGCCCAACGAAACGGGAGAGUAAUAAUUGUAACGCUUUUUGCUUCUUAUACACACGAAGAUCCGUAAAGCAGGAUAAUACGAGUAAUGCGCACAUUUUGCGCGACGCACCUUUAAUAUAUUGAAGGACUCCUUUUUAGAACAUCAUACACGCGUACACGUGGCCUUUUAAUAGUAACGGUCUUAAAGUCUUAAGACGAUCGCACACAGCGCACGGAACUGAGAGAAAAAAAAUUAGUGCCUCUCUCUAGCACAGGGACAUCGUUAACAAUCGCAGAUCGUUUCGAAUCGUAUUCCACUUCCAACACGUACUUGAAAAAGCGGUUUUAUUUUAUUGUUUAUUGUGUUACUUUAGUUCUCCCAUUACCACCCGUCCCCGGUAUGCGAACCCGGUAUGGUUCAUACCGUUAAGCACAAUCACAAUGCUAGCUGAUAAUUUUGUAGUUUGUAGUGAUCUUGCCCUAAUGGUUUUGUUAUCGAAUCGCUCGUUGACACAUGGCAAGAAUGUUUCAGUACUAGCAACGAAUAAUCUCAUUUAUAAUCUUUUUCCGUCCAUGAGAGUAUUGUUUAGUUUAAGCCAUUUGGCACCAUUACAUUCCAUUGCUUCAUGUAGCAAUAGGAAGAGGAAACAUAACUGUAUUGUACGUACUCUAGGCAGUUUAGCCGCGCGUUUAUCGAUCAUUGGUCGAUAGGAGAGGCGCAGAUUUGGUGUAAUAAAAUGAUAAUAAAAACUAAGUCUCAAACUUUC